GUUAGCUGACUCUCUCCGAAUCGACAUUCCUCGGCGUAGCGUCAGCAGAAUAGGUUCAUGAACAGAUUGUUCACCAAUGGCCUUUUCAGGAAUGUCAGGUCCUGGCCCAAUCGUGCCACACCUGUAGAUGUUGGGAUGAGCUUUCUCUACGGGGUGAAUUUCUUCUGCGCAUAUCAUCUCUUUGUCGAGUAUGUUGGUUCAAUCCAGCAAGUUUAUGGCCCCUCCAUGCUUCCCACAAUGUCGACUCACGGCGAAGCCAUCCUCGAGAACCGCCUCUCAUUCUACCGUCAUGGCGCAGCCUCCCUCCACCGCGGUUCCAUGAUAACCUUUCACUCCCCGCUCAGCCCCUCACGUGUAGUCUGUAAACGUAUCAUUGGUCUACCCGGAGAUAUCGUAUGCGUUGAUCCCACAGGCUUGAAGGCGCCCUCUACGGAACAUGCGGUAGUGCCGAAGGGACAUAUCUGGGUGGCGGGGGAUAAUGCGACUUGGAGCACGGAUUCGAGAGAUUAUGGGCCGGUACCUAUGGGCUUAGUGAGAGGACAUAUGUUUGCCAGAAUUUAUCCGUUCAGCAAGGCCACUAUCUUCCCGAACACUAUGACCUACAUCGACGAGUAAUCUCUCACUACUUUGCAUGCCUGCCAAAGGCCAACAGAACACGGAUGAUCUGGAGCAAGCAGUGUGUCGCUGCCAAGGGCUCAAACUUCCACGACCGUAGUCAUGGCGCUAUGGUCGCGUUUUCGAGCCGGGAAAAAUACCGUGGGUUUGUGGAAAUCUCCGAACCCUAUGCGGAUCAUACUUGUUGGUAGCACCGCCGUCUGUUUCAAGCUACAAGGCUGUAGGCACAGCACCAAGUAACAAACGUUUUCGUGUUGUUCCAUGAGCUUGACGCCUACUUCUAUAACAUCUCAAUACCUGAAGAUUUGUUUCGUGUUGUUCCUGUAUAUGCCACUCUGGCAGCCAAGCGUUACAAUGGUGUCCCAAUAUCGACCAAACUUAUCCAUCAC